AUGAACCUUUGCCGAACCGGAGCAGAGGUGUACGGCCGUCCUCACCGCCCACAGAGCCUGAUUCGUCUCGGACGUUGCUUCUCUCGUUACUGCCCUUGUCUUGCUGUUCGUUCAACAGGUUAUUCAAGUCAAUCUCCCAACCCCUCAACGGCCUUCCUGCUCUGUCUACCCUCAAAACUUACCUCGACAGCCGAGCCGACAGAUUCUUUCAUGUGGUGGGGCGACAGGCAAUAG